AUGUCUUCCGGCGAAGGAGAAAUGGGCGACGUCCACCUCGGGCUCGAGUACAGGGAAAAAGUAGUGGCGCUCUGGGACCGCAAGGGGUGGGAUUUCGAUGCGGUAGUCAGGUUGACGAUGGGAUUCAGCAAGGUCAAGACGGGGCACAUCUCGAGGCACGAGAAAGUGGUGUGGUUUGUGGAGUGUGCUUCCAAAGACGAGUGUCGCGAUGCGUGGCACCAUUGCGUGUUGGCGCUUAGGCGUCGUUUUGUCGUUGUUCCUACUCCCUGGCGAGUGUGCGUCGUUGCCACUGUUGGGAAUGACAUGGCGUCGUUUGAGGAUCUUGAGCUCGUUUAG